UUCAAAUUUUCUCUUCCUCUCUUCACUUUUCCUCUUCUAUUUCGUCAUAAAGGCUUCUCCUAUCUUCCAUUGUCUCCCAUCCUCCAUUGUCUCAUUCAUCUUCACAAGAUUAAUUGGACACCAUACACGUCCCACAUUAUGGCAUUGCUUCAACAUCAAUGUCAUAACGGUCAAGCGAUGUGGACAUAUGUGGGUCCUAUGAUUUGCUUUCAUCUCGUUGAGAAGCAUCAAGCAGAUCGUGUAUUGCGACAGUUCCAUAUGCUACAAAUGCCACCAGAGUUUUGCUCCACAGAUCAGGGCCUACACCAAAUUGAUUUAAGAGGCAAGCACGAUCAAGAUUGGAGUAGGAUUCAUGCAGAGCAUAUAGCAAUGUGGCAUUCACGAAAUAAUUUUUGUGCCGAAGCAGAAGCAACACAGAAGCCGACAGUAUCAGAUAACUACUUUUCAUGGUACACGUCGAUUACCCGACGCUUCAUGACACCUGAUGGCGCUUACUGUUAUCGCAUGAAUAAUUUUGUUGAAGACGUACGUCGAGUCUCCAUGGAAAACAAUUUUGAAAUUUUUAGUCCAAUGUGUGACGAAGUCAUGGGAAAUAUAGACAGUCUUGUUCAGCGGACUCGACGUUUAAAUGUUGCUGACACAGAUCGUAGACGCAUUCGACGGCGACGACGACAACAAGGCGAUGAUGUCGUAGAGGGAGAUGGGGAAGCUUCUUAAGUUGUAUAAUUUAAGUGUUUUUAAAUUUUGCUAGAACUUAUUCAAGUUGUAUAAAUAAAAAGUUGAACUUUUCUAAAUUAAUUAUAAAUUAGAAGUUGCUAAUA